AUGGCAGACUUCGUCAAGAGAGGUAGCGUGCAGUUCGUUAAACGUGGCAGUUGUCAACUAAAACUCGCUGCGCAAGAGGUUCGAGCGGCUGUACGAGCGCGACACAUCGUCGCCGGUCUAGUCGCUGUUGGAUUUGCGCUUUGCGGCGCGGUCGAAGUCAGCUCCUCCGUCGCACUGCUGGCGAAUCAGAAAGACAAUCAUGCCAUCAUCGACACAUCUUGGCACUGCGAUAUGCUGGUCAAUAUCACCAGCCGCAAUCGCACCGAAGACUUCGAAAUUAUAUUUAUGGAGCUGCCGCAGGAGGAGCGAGCGGAAUCGAUUAUGCGUGAGGCGUUCUUAUGGGGACAAGUCGCCGGGCCGAUCCUGGGAGGUUGCCUGGUGUGGGGUCGAUCGGGGCCCUCCAUGGUGUUCUCACGUGCAGUUCUUAGCGCCUGCUUAGCGUCUCUAUUAGUACCUGCAGCCUGGCGCGGACCGUCGCAUGUCGCGCUUCGGUUGUUUCAAGGAUUAUGCACCGGCGCAACCAUGCCAGCUGCUCACAUGUUCGCUAUGACCUGGUUUAAGAGCAAUCACAGAAGCUGGUACUUCAGCUGUUAUGCAGCUGUCAGCGUGGGUUACUGCCUCACUGGAUGGCUGGGCACCGCGGUGGUGCGAACGUUUGGUCGCGAUUCUUUGUGUUACGGUCUGGUUCUUUUGGCACUCUGCUGGUAUUUCGCCUUCGGCCGAUUUGUUAAAGACACGCCAAAGUCCUAUCAGCACGAUACAACUGCGGCUGUGAUACCAUGGGGAAAGCUGUUGAGAUCUGUACCCGUUUGGGCGUCUGCAGUGGCGACGAUGGGUAAUCAGUGGGGUGACGCGACGCUCGCACUUGGCAUGACGAAGUACCUGAAGCUCAUCUAUGGGUUUUCUACAGCUAACGACUCAGUGUUGACCACGUUACCUCACAUCGGUCACUUCAUGGCUGCGCUGACCUGCGGCCUCCUGGUAGAUCACGUCCGUGAAUCUAAAAUAGUUUCCACGACCACGGCGAGAAAGUUGGUUGUCUAUACAGCGCACUUCAUCCCCGCGGCCCUUCUCUUCGUCGCUGGUUACGCUGGCUGCCAGGCCCUGGGUGCUGCCUGGCUGGGGAUAGCAGCCCUCCUCGUUUCUGGCACCGCACCGGCCGGCGCGCUCGCGGCCAUAGCUGAUCUCGCACCUGCGGAGUCACCGGCGUGCGCCGCGGCCGCGUGCGCUCUUUGCUCCACGCUGGGCGCCGCGGGACUGCUGGCCGCCAAUUACUUCGUCACCCAGGCUCUUCAUGGCUCCAUCGCUGGUUCUUGGCGAUUGGUGUUCGGCGUUGCUUCUGUCGUCUUACUGACGACCGCUGCGGUUUUUCUGGCUCUCGGCAAAGGCGUUCCGCAACCGUGGAUCCCAUCUGUGGCGAGACCGCGGAGUCACGACGUAAUCUACGAGCAAGACGCGUUGGAGCUAGAUCACGAGGACGUGGGUGUGCAGACCGAGCCCUUCGUGCCCUAUUCGCUCGAGGACGACAUCGAGAGUUUGAAGAACGUACCCCGCUCUUCAUCCAUUCACUCGAAGAUCUCGGUGGCCUCCAAUUAAAUCGCGAGUGCCCUUGUGCCAAUUCUCUGUGCUAUUUUCAUGCCUCAUAUUGCGCCAAGGAUAUUCUAUUUCUCCCCCCCCCCCCCUGGAUAUUAUUACGAUAAGAAAAACGAUGUACAGUAAACAUAUAUACUGCAAAUGCAUACGCGAUUAACACGAUAAAUGUAUAUAAGAAUAAAUGUAUUUAAGAAUAAGAAUAAAAGUUUACACGAUAACGAUAGAAUGUCCUCGAAGAAUAUCACAACGACAAAAAUUGAAAAAGACGAGUUGUCAUUAGAUUUCGCGAAACACGAUUUGAACAACCGAGGCCGCUCUGGAUAAAAUCGUUGUGAGACAAUGCCGUGAAUAAUAACAGGUAGAUCCGCGGAGUGAUAUAAUUUGACUCGUAGAAAGUCGAUGGCUGAGAAAAAUGUCAACGCGCGUUGGAAACUCGAGGGACAUGACAGGACAAAUGUCAGGUAAGCGUCGCUUUUGUCUCGGAUUAUUCGCUUUCGACUAUUGUUGUUGAAACGGCUUCGCCUCAUCGGAUAUCUCGGGAUUUUCUUCGCCCGCGUUAUUUCCUAGCAUACAAAUCUAUGCAUUAUGCCGAUUUCUGUGAAGAGAGCACCGUGUGCUCUCUUCGACGACUUUCUAUCUCUGGAGUAAGAGUGAGAGACAAACUCGCUCGGUGCGGCGGAUACGGCGGGCGCUUUAAUUAGAUAAUCUCACAGAUCCGCGUAUUCCUAUCGGUGCUGGUUCCAUUGUGAAAAUGGCGCCUACGCCAUUGUAACUGGCGCAUGCAAUACUGGAAUACCGGAAGACGUGUGCAAGACCCACUGUCCUCGCCUGUGUCCUAACGAGACGGCCUUUCAAAUGCAAGCGUGCAUAUCCGGCACGCAUGUGGAAAAAUCAGAACUGCACUCUUUAGAUUUCCGCGGAAAAUAGCCUGCCACUCGCCGUGAAUUAAAAAUUAUUUCGCACGUUGCUUUUCACACCGGAAACUCAUUCGAUCGACAUUCUUAAGCAGAACGUUGAGUCAAUAUUGGCAUUGCGAUUACUUUCAUGUAUAUGUUUUACUUCACUUAUCAGUAACUGACACGAACUUACAUACCUUUGUACUUUGUACAAACAAAAUUUUUGUAAUUUUGAAAUAAGCUUGUUUAAUUCUUUCUUUUUUUAAGAUAAUAAAUAAAGAUAAUAAAAUUACUUGCACCCAUAGUUAGGAUAAUCCGAUAAUCGAUCCAAUAAUUGACAAUAACUAAUAGCCCGUUCAGACUAGAUUAAAAUUGAGUUCAAUUUAACCAAUCGGAAGAAAGAGAAUUUACAUCAAGUUUAGUGAACUUUGCUUUGAUUGAAUUGCUUUGAUUAAAUUCAAUCUCUCAAUCCCAGUCUCUA